CCUCCCUCGUCCCCAUCUCCUCGCCGCCGCCCCCUUCCCGAUCUAGAUUCCUCCUCCACCGCGCCCCUCCCUUCCACCACCCAGUCGCCCCCUCAGUAGAUCAAGCGAGCCGCCCAACCUCACCGGCCUCCUCUGUCUCUUUCGGUCAGAUCCGACGGGCACAUCUUCCUGCAGCCACGAGCGACCACCCCGGCCUCCACUCCACCGCCGGCAUCCUUUCCCCUCCCUCUCCGUAGAUCCUUUUGAGCAGCCACCUCGAGGGCAGCGUCGCCACCAGCGGGAGGGGGAGGGCACCGCCACCAGCCGCGGCGGAGAGGUGGAGCCCCGGCACCCCUGACGGCUUCGCCGUCCCCAGGAGCCACUUCACCCCGCGCCUGAGCUCCAGGUACUCCUCCUACCGCGUCACCCCGCCGGUGAGCAGCGGCGGAUGCUCCCGGCCGCCGAGGGCGCCGCCGGCGGCGGAUUCCCUGUACGUGAGGGCGAAGCAGGCGCAGAAAGGUACCAAGAGGGUGCAUUUCGUCAGGAACUUGAUCAGGGAGGUCGCUGGGUUUGCUCCGUAUGAGAAGCAUAUCACUGAGCUUCUCAAGGUUGGCAAGGACAAGCGUGCCCUGAAGGUGGCGAAGUGAAAUUUGGGUACCCACAAGAGGGCGAAGAAGAAGAAGAGAGGAGAUGUCCAGUGUCCUCAGGAAGAUGAGUAAUGCUCCUCUUCUUCCUCGACCACCUGAACCACCACGCCGGCGGGCUCCUGAAGCAUCAACUUCAGUAACGGUGCUCUGCCUCUCCACGGGCUCGUUCACCAUUCGUUCAACUUCAGAGUUCAUCAGCGCACCUGCUUCGACGAGGACAACGCAGGCGCCGUCGGCCUUGGCGGCGGCUUCCACCACUACCACAUCGUCGUUACCUACCAGGGCGUCAAGGGGUGUUGGAGACGCUAAGGUGUUUUGCAGGUUGAAGGCGCUAAGGUGUUGGAGACGUGCCUGUACUUCUUGAGCGUUUUAUCUGUAGAGUGCUAUAUUGUGAUUGGUGUAAUAUUGUAUGGUUAUAUUGUGAUUGGUGGAAUGUAAUAAACUUGAUUGGUACAUCGGUGAUUUGGCUGUUAUUUGAAUAUAUUUAAAAUGUGUUCUCUGAUUGGUA